AUGGCAGAGUUGAGUUCUGCUGACUCAGACCUGCUGUGGCACCUGAAGAAGCUCAAGAAUAAGGAAUUUCAGAGUGUCAAGGAGCAUCUUAUACAAGCACCUUUGGAGUUUGGGUUGCCAGAAAUUCCAUGGCUUCAGCUAAGGAAAGCCCAACGAGAAGAUCUGGGCAAGAUGCUAACAGCCCACUAUGAGGCACAGAUCACCUGGAAUAUGAUGUUCAGCAUCUUCCAAAAGAUCAAUCGUCAAGAUCUGUGCAUGAAGAUCGAAGCCAGACGGACUCGUAACAAAGAGAUACACAAAGAUCUCAUGCAUGAAAAAUUCCUUCUGCAAUGGGAAAAGUGCAUUUAUCCGAACAUCAAUGAUGAAUUCUACAAUGGAAUUGCAUCAGGAAUUCACCGCUUAUUUGAAAUGGCCUUUGACCCUAAGGGCAACAUGCGUGCGGAUAACUUUAAUGUGUUCCUGGUGGGAGAGAGAGCAUCGGGAAAAACAAUGCUUAUAAAAAUGGCGAUGUUACAGUGGGUCAAGGGAGACAUAUGGAAGGAUACAUUCUCAUAUAUCGUUCAUCUCACAUCUCGUGAGGUAAACCAGAUGGCCCACAGUAGCUUAGUUGAGCUGCUCUCCAAGGACUGGCCCAAUGGCCAGGCUCCUGUGGAAGAUAUCCUGUCUGAUUCUAAGAAGCUCCUGUUUAUCCUUGAAGACCUGGACAACAUAAAAUUUGCCUUCAACAUAGCUGAAUCUGCGUUAUGUAGUGACAGCAGGAAACAGGUACCAGCAUCGGUACUCCUGGUCAGUUUGCUGAAGAGAAAAAUGGCACCCAGUUCCUCAUUCCUCAUCUCAACAAGGACUGAGCCUCAGGUCAUCUUGGACUCAUUAGCAAAGCAAACGGAUUACUCCAUCACGCUGAAUUUCUCUGAUGAAAUAAGGCAGAAGUAUUUUACCCUAUUCUUUGAAGACAAGGGGAGGGCUAUGACAGCCUUCAAGUUCAUCCAGGACAACGAAAUACUUGUGGCUCUGUGCAGUGUGCCCAUCUCAUGCUGGAUCGCUUGUACCACCCUGAAUCAGCAGAUGUACAAGGUGGGUGAUGUCAACUUCACAUUCCGAACAUCCACUGACACACACGCCCAUUUUCUCACCAACGCAUUGACAUCUGGGGCCGGUAUGCCUACUGUUGGGCAUCACCUGAUCCUACUGGAACGUCUGAGUCUUCUGGCUUUGGAAGGACUGUUUCAAGACAUGUUGGAGUUUAGUCACCAAGACCUCAGAACUAUCGGGCUUACUGAGUCUGAGGUGUCUAUGUUGAAGACCACGAAGAUUCUUAUGUGGACCAACCAUUUGGAAGACCGUUGCACGUUCAUACACUUGCAUGUCCAGGAGUUUUGUGCAGCCAUAGCAUAUAUGAUGCCCUUGACUGCAUCUCAGAUCUUCCCAACCAAUAGAGAGCUAGAGAGGAGGGCAGAAUAUAACGAUUUUAGUCCAGUAAUGACUUUUAUUUUUGGUCUUCUCAAUGAGAAGACAAGAGACAUCCUUGAGACGUCCUUUGGCUGUCAACUAUCAUCCGAGGUACACCGGCGGUACCUCCUAGAGCGAAUGGAAAACUUGGCUUCCAAUCCAGAAGCAAUGGAGCACCACGUACCUUUGUUUUAUUGCCUCUUUGAGAACCAGGAGGAAGAGUUUGUGAAACAGAUCAUGGGCUUUUUUGUAGAAGCCGCCAUUUUAAUCCGAGACAACAAAGAUCUAAUGGUUUCGUCAUACUGUCUGAAACGCUGUCGUCCACUAGAAAAACUCAGGCUGUGUAUUCAAUAUGUCUUUGUAAAAAGCAAAUUUGAUAUGAAGCUAACAUCUAGUCAAAUGAGGAGCCUCAUCCACUGGAAAGACUUGUGCUCUCUGCUCCACACCAAGGAGAACCUCCGGGAGCUGGAAGUCUGUAACAGUGAAUUUGACGACACUUCGGAGAGGAUUCUCUGUAAAGCACUGGAACAUCCCAACUGUCAGCUCCAGACGUUCAGACUGACGCAUCUCCCUGCUGAUACCAGAUUUGAGGGCUUGUUCAAGGCCAUCGCUCAUAACCGGAAUUUGACACACUUGAGCCUGACUUGUAUGCCUGUUCCCCUAGAGAUAUUCUCACUUCUGCGUGAGGCUUUGGCCACUCCGACAUGCAACAUACAGCAUCUGAGUUUGAUGAAAUGUAGUCUGAAAACUCAAGCAUGUGAAGAGGUCGGCUCGCUCCUCACCAGCAGCAAGAAACUAAAACGUCUGACCUUAUCCAACAACCCGCUGAGUCACGCAGGGAUAGACAUGCUUUGCAAAGCUUUGCUCCACCCAGACUGUACUCUCCAGUCACUGGAGUUACUUUUCUGUUCUCUCACUGAGACCUGUUGCAGCUCCCUUGGGAAAGUUCUUAUACUCAGCAAAACUCUCAAACAUCUCGACGUCAGCGUGAACUGCCUACAAAACUAUGGAGCACUGCUCUUAAUUUUCUCUUUGUUGAUGCCAACUUGUCAGUUGCAGGAGCUGGACCUGUCUGGUUGUUUUUUCACUUCUUUUGUCUGUCGUGACAUUGCCUCAGCAAUUACCACUAACCAAUAUCUGAGGAGCUUAGAGCUUGGGAGCAAUAACAUAGGAGAUGGAGGAGUGGAGCUGUUGAGUAAUGCCUUGAAACACCCAAACUGCAAGUUAGAGAAUCUUGGCCUGGAAGAGUGUAGGCUGACCAGCAACUGUUGUGAGACCCUCGUCUCUGUUCUUAUCAAGAACAAAAGCCUGAAAAAACUCAAUCUACUUGGAAAUAAGUUGGAUGAGAAAGGAAUUGUGAAACUCCUUCAAGGAUUGGGGCACCCUGAUUGCAUGCUUCAGACAAUUGGGCUUCAAACAAGUGGUGUAGGUGUGGAGACUUUGCAGUUGUUGAGGACCGUGAAACAGAGAAACACUGGACUGGCUUUUGUGGACCAAACCUGGGCUAAAAAGGAAGGCAGAAAACUCACUGAGAAGCUUGCCCGGCCAGAUCACGACUGGGGCAGCACCCAGCGAGACGGGUAUCACCCGUCCCACCAAAUGUUCCUCCCACCCCAGUCCUGUCCUGCUCUCCUGUUGGAGACGCCUCCGGACCUGCUCUUGUCCUGA